GAAAAGUUCCCCUUCUCAAGCACUAGAUCGCUCUGUAAUUUUGUUGACAUUUACAAUUUAUAUAAUUUAACUUUUAAAUGAAAUGUCAAAUAAGUAGCGAUAACUUAUGAUAAAAAAUAAAGAAAAAUAAAUAAGACACCUAAUAAAAUAACAAAAUUAUUUAGUUGACUCCUAUUGUACGUAAAAACAAACUAAAUUUUAUUCGUCGCAUUAAAAAUUGGAGGUUAUAUUAAAUUUAAAAAAAUAAACACAAAAGAAAAAUUGCUGUGAAAAAAGUUUAGUUACUGUAAUUCGAGUAAUUAAUUUAAAUAAAUUGUAAUUAGUGGAAAAAAUUAAUUAUUCUGUAAAAUAACGAAAAAAUAAUUAACGAUGGAAAGUCAAAUGAAAACUUUAAUUGAGUAUCGUGUAGAACUUGCCGAAGAAGAAGAAUGGCUCAAGAAAUUGUUGACCCAAAUGCAGGAUCAAAUUGAUCUUCUUCAGAUUGAAAAACUUCAUCUGUCCCAAAUGGUUGAAAAAUCUAAAGAAAAAAGUGCAUCACAAAAUGUAAACAUUAAAUUAUCUCCUGAUAGCCGAUCGAAGCAGUUAAAUCUUGAUGUGCCGAAUUAUAUUCAUUCGAAGCAUAAUGUGGAAGAAGAAGAAGAAGAAGAAGACGAAGAAGAGGAAGAUUAAAUUUAAAUAUAAAAUAUACGACAUUAAUGAAAACUGUUAAUUUUAUAGUUUUAUCGUGUACAUAAUUUUGGAUUAUAAAUU